GCCGUUGCAGCUGUGCCCAGGAAAUCAAGUAGUGUAUAUAAGAACCGGCGAAGGUACAGAGCUUAUUUUACUUCUAUCAUCAUCUCUCUACGACAUUCCUCAUCAUGGGCAUGAAUUCGCAUGUUUUGCUGAUAGCGUUAUUUGUACUAGUCGUAUGUAUCUCGAGCAACGGCGUGUAUGCCUUCGGUGCCGGAAAUAUACCCAGCUUUGCCUACUUGGAAGGGUCCGCCUUCCGCCAUGGUGACAUUGAAGAUACCCUCAGUGAAGUAGCUAAGAAGGCUGGAGGAUUCGCUCUCGGAGCCAUCAUUGGAAAGGGUGGUGCAAAGUUCGGUGGUCUCGAUAUCAAGCGCGUGUACUUCGGAAACUGGCUGCGUGAUUACAGUCAGGCUGUAGAUGUUGCCGGCCUGUCAAAGCUGCCGCUUCAAACCAUCAUAAACCUUUGCAUGGUCCUUGGCUUCCUGGCGCAUGGCUAUGCUACCCACGAGUUUGAAGUCACUCCUGAACGUCUUGCUGUCUACCUUCCCACCGAGCACAUUGAUAACCCGAAAGGAUAUCCUGAAGAUGCUCAGAGAUACGAUCCUAGACUGCGCCCGCCGGUCAAUCCUCAAGAACUUGAGGUUGACUCUCGCACCGGCAUGAAGAAUUAUAUCGCAAAUGAGCAAGGCUCCUGGGAUACUUCUAAAGCGCUCGUUCGCCGUACUCUUGAGCGAUGCAUCAACUUGGGCAGACAGCAUCGUGCUCAGGGGAGAAAACAGGACGAGUACGAGGCGUACCGCCUACUUGGACAGGCUCUCCAUACCCUCGAAGAUUUCUCAGCGCACUCAAACUUCUGUGAACUGGCCCUGGUCAGCAUGGGUCACCAGAGCGUCUUCGUGCAUGUAGGAGAUCAAGUACGUCUUCAAGCCCUAAAUGGCAAGCUCGUCGCACCCCUCGUAACCGGCACUUUCGGAUCGCAGGAUUUCAUUCACAGCUUGCUUGGAGAGGCCACUGAUCACAUCAGCCAAGCAUCCGUCAGCGACCUGAAUAAGGAGCUCGAGAAGGCUCGUGCUAAAGCAGGCCCAACUGCUCGCGAUGGCAGUGGCGGCGUGUCGGAUACCUUGCGCAAGCUUUUAUUCAACCUACCCGAUGGCAGUGGCGGUGAGAUGGCUCGUGAGAUGGACGGCAUUGAGCGUAUCAGGGCCGGUGCCCAACAAGGUAGCAUGAACCCGGAAACCAUGAGCCCCCAAGAGCUUCAUGCGGUGCUGUGGCAGGUAUUGUCGUUCCGUGAUUCUGUUGUUAAAAAAAUCGAGAAAACCAUUGAGAGAAUCCCCGGUCUUGGGGCGCUGAUUGAGAAGCUCACGGACAGUAUCUCCGUAUUCGUCUUUACAACGCUCGAACCUUUCUUGAAGCCACUCAUGAAGACCGCUACCUCUCAACUUCAAGUAGCCUCCGGAGAAGUGAUCAACAAGCAAGACCAGUACGAGGUCUUCAACGAUCCACGAGCGUCGGACCCUACGCACUCUUUCCUCAGUAAAGACCAUUUUAACCUCAUAUUGAACGAACCUGCGGGAAACUUAGGAAAGAUCGUCCUGAAGCACACCGUCAACUGGGUCGUCAAGGCAUGGGACGAUCAGUCUAUCAACGUCCACCAAGCCACCGACGACAUCCUCGCUUCCCUCUUCCAUCCUGACUUCCACGACUCUAGAUCGACCAUCCAGCGAGAGAUGCUAGUAUACAUGCAGAAAUGGGUCCAGGGACUCGGCAACAGACAGAAUGAAGUCCUCAACCGCCUGUCCAAAGAAUCCGUUCGCAACCACCAAAAUAUUCGGCUCGCUGGUCAAGGUGGCCCAGCACCCGCGCAAGGCACGUACGCGCAGAAUGCAGGCGUGCAAGCGCAGCACGAGGUACAGGGCUACGUCAGCCAAAUACCCGUCGUGGGCUCCGCGGCGAACUUCGUACAGAACCUUGGCUCCUCCGGCGCACAGGGUGGCAAGCCGAGCGGAAGCAGCUUCCUCGGAGGUUUAGGAGGCCCGGGGGGUCAGGGAGGCAAGCCGAGUGGUGGCCUGCUCGGAAGCAUGGGCAAUUUUGCAAGCUCCGGUAGCGGAAACACUGGCUCCAGCAGCGGCUUUCUCGGCAAUGUGGCGGCUAUGGCGGGCUCCGGGUCCGCUGGUGGGAGUAGCCCGGCUGGACUGAUGAGUAACGUUGGUGGAUACGGUCAGGGACAUGGACAUGGGCACGGACACCACGGACACCAUGCACAUCAUCAUGGCGGGCCCGGCGGAGGAGUUAUGGGCAACAUGGGGGGAGGCGGAGCAUCGCCCUUCUUCGGGUCACGCGAAAUUGGAGGUGACAGAUCAAGUGGCAUGCCCGACCCUGGUGCGCCGCCCCGUGGCGGCAGCUUCCCCAGCGCGCCGGCCGCGUCGUACCCAGAUGCCCCCAAUCAGUCAACGUACCCGGGCAGCGGCGCACCAUCCUUUCCCGGUAGCUCUGCGCCUGGCUUCCCUGGCGGCCCUGGCGGCCAGUCGUCGUUCCCCGGCGGAUCAUCCUACUCGACAAUGCCUCAAGAGCCUCACCAUCAGUCGAGCUAUGCACCGUCGUAUGGUGGGCCGCCGCAGCCCGAACUGGGGUACGGAGGAUAUGGUGGUGGAAGCUCGUAUGCUCCUCCACCUGGCCCCUCCGACGGGGGACCUGGGUUUCCGGGUGCGCCUAGGGAUGGACCAGGCUUUCCCGGCUCGCAGCCGUACGGCGGGUCUGGUCCGUCUUUCCCUCCGGGGCCACCUGGGUCAGGAUACAAUGCGCCUGAUAGGCCGUAUGGAUACUAGGUGGGACAGGAGC